GCUACACCCCUCAAAAAUCUCUGAACCCUCAUCACUUCCUCUCUGAAUUUUCUGUCAGAAAAUUCUUUACAAUAUUUCACAUAUACGUUGAAGAUUUUUUUUGGUUGUGAAGAAGAAGAAAUGUCAGUCAAGAUUGGGUCUUCAUUUUCCUCUGUUUUCACCUCUCCUUUGCCUUUUCAAUCCAAGAAAGCCCGCAUGAUUAGCUCAAGACUCAGAUUGCUUGACAUGCAGCAUUUUGGUGCAGAUACUGCAAGCAAUGAUAAAUUUGUUAGGUCAUACAAGCUCAUGCAUGGAAAGCUAAGGAUGCACGGAAGUUUUUCAAAGAGGCAAUUCAACUUCUUUGCUCUCUCCUCGGAGGAUCAAUUAUUGGAUAGUGAGCUUGAACAAGAUGCUUCUAAGCAAAAAAGUCCAGAGCCUUUUAUUGAAGAUUUCUCUGCAGAUGCUUCAGAUGUUGAAGCUGAAGGAUUAGGAGGAGGAAGGCCUGGCUUAAUUUCUUUUUAUAAUCGUCCUUACAGAAGAGAAGAUGAGCUCAUUGUGUCUAAUGGUGGAAAGAACGAAAGCACUCUGUUGUGGGUUGUUGGUCCUGCUGUUCUUAUAGCCUCUUUCAUCGUUCCCUCGCUCUACUUACGCAGGAUAAUAUCUACUAUUUUUGAGGAUUCUCUACUAACUGAUUUCCUUAUACUGUUUUUCACGGAGGCUCUUUUCUACUGUGGAGUUGCAAUAUUUCUUCUACUAAUUCACCAUUUAAGAAGGCCACUUGAGUUGGUAUCUUCAGCAUGUAACAGAAAUAUUACCCCCCCACCAUUGGCAUAUAGAAUCUCUUCGGUUGCUAUCUUGGGUCUGAGUCUUACAAUUCCAAUGGUGACAAUGGGAUUUGUUUGGCCAUGGACUGGCCCAGCGGCUUCUGCUACUCUUGCCCCGUAUCUUGUUGGUAUUGUUGUACAGUUUGCGUUUGAGCAAUAUGCAAGAUAUGUGAAGUCACCUUCAUGGCCUGUUAUUCCAGUUGUUUUCCAGGUUUAUAGGUUGCACCAACUAAACAGGGCAGCACAACUGGUGACAGCACUUUCAUUCACAGUAAGGGGAGCCGAGACGACACCUCACAACUUGGCAAUAAACAGUUCACUGGGUGCACUCUUAAAUGUACUCCAAGUCCUUGGUGUGAUUUGUAUUUGGUCACUUUCGAGCUUCGUCAUGAGAUACUUUCCUUCCAUAAACAUGACUGAGGGGUGAUUUUCACCAAAAAACUCUUCAAACAACAGCAAAGCCGGCAGUUUCUUUCCCUGCCCACUUUGAAGCUUAUUACCUAUUAUUAUGGUGUUGGCUGGUUGUAAUCUCACCUAUGACCUAUAGUUCUUCUAUGACUGACUCAACCUAUUAUGGAAGCACAUAGGAAACGGAGGCGAUCUCAUUGAAUCUUCAAGAUUUUAAGGCAUCAUACUUACAAAUGACUCAGAAAUUUAUACGGCAAAAGGGAAAGCAGUUGCUUUCCCUGUUGUUUUAUUCUGCUCCACUAGGCUGCAUGCAUUGUGUACUUGAAGUGGAACUCUUUUAGUAUAAUCAAUUCUUUGAUGGUUAUCUCCUGUAAAUUUA